CACAGUCAACUAAAUUAAACCAGUGCUAAGCUGCUAAUUAUCCUGCCAUGGCAGUUUGGUGGCGGAAUAUAAGCAGCUUAAGGAGGCAGCUAAGCUAUCUGUAUAGCAGAGACAUUGCACCAUAUAUAAUUGUUCAACAAUCAGUUCAAAAAAUACGUUAUCAUUCAACAUUGAGGCGCAAGAUUUCUGAUGCUGCUCCAGAUAUACGUAGAGCGAACAAGAACAUCACGAAUUUGAUUCGAAAUGGUCGAUUAGAGGAUGCACGGGAAUUAUUUGAUAAGUUAACACAUCGAAAUACAGUUACUUGGAACUCAAUGAUUAGUGGGUAUGUGCAACAGCGUGAGAUUGUGAAAGCACGGUACCUGUUUGAUGAAAUGCCGCAGAGGGAUGUUGUUUCUUGGAAUUUGAUGAUUUCUGGUUAUUUGUCUUGUAGAGGGAAAGGGUAUUUGGAGGAGGGUAGGAAUCUGUUUGAUGAAAUGCCUGAGAGAGAUUAUGUUUCUUGGAAUACUAUGAUUAGUGGGUAUGCUAAAUGUGGGAGAAUGGGUGAAGCGUUGGAGAUUUUUGAAUGUAUGCCUGUGAAGAAUGUUGUGUCUUGGAAUGCGGUGAUUUCGGGUUUUUUGCGUAAUGGUGAUGUGAAAACUGCUGUUGAGUAUUUUAAGAGAAUGCCGGAGAGGGAUUCGGCUUCUUUUAGUGUACUUGUAUCGGGUUUGAUACAGAACGAGGAAUUGGAUGAGGCGGAACAUUUUCUUUAUGAAUUUGGAGAGAGUAGUGAUGGGAAAGAAGAUAUGGUUCAUGCGUAUAACACUUUGAUUGCUGGAUAUGGUCAGAAAGGAAGAGUUGGUGAUGCUAGACGCAUUUUUGAUAAAGUUCCAUCUUGUAGUGGUCAGGGGAUUAGCAAAAAGAAGAGAUUUGAGAGGAAUGUCGUAUCAUGGAAUUCCAUGAUCCUGGCUUAUAGCAAAGCAGGAGAUAUGGUUUCUGCUAGAGAACUUUUUGAUCAGAUGACGGAGAGGGAUACAUUUUCAUGGAACACAAUGGUUUGUGGCUAUGUCCAUGCCUCAAAUAUGAGUGAAGCAUCAAAUCUGUUUUCUAAAAUGCCAAAUCCUGAUGUACUAACAUGGAAUUCAAUGAUCUCUGGAUAUGCACAGGCGGGAAAGUUGGAAUUGGCACGUGAUUAUUUUGAAAGGAUGCCCCACAAGAAUCGGGUUUCUUGGAAUUCAAUGAUCUCGGGGUGUGAAAGAAAUGCAGACUAUGAAGGAGCAAUAAAGUUAUUUAGGGCGAUGCAACAGGCAGGAGAGAAACCUGAUAGACACACACUCUCCUCACUUCUAAGUGUUUGUGCUGAAACUGUGGCAUUGUUCCUGGGUAUGCAGAUUCAUCAGUUAGUGACAAAGACUGUUAUACCAGAUAUACCUUUAAACAAUUCCCUAAUAACUAUGUAUGCAAAAUGUGGCAAAAUACAUGAAGCAAGGGCAAUUUUUGAAAAGAUGAAAUUUCAAAAGGAUGUAAUCUCAUGGAAUGCAAUGGUCGGAGGAUAUGCAUCUCAUGGUUUUGCAUUUGAAGCGCUAGAGCUUUUUGAAUUAAUGAAGUGCCUUAAAGUGAGGCCAACUCACAUCACAUUCAUUUCAGUUCUGAAUGCAUGUGCUCAUGCUGGUUUAGUGGAACAAGGUCGGUUAUAUUUUAAAUCUAUGGAAUCUGAAUUCGGCAUCAAACCUGAGAUUGAACAUUUUGGCUCCCUUGUGGAUAUUGUUGGUCGAGAUGGGCAGUUUGAGGAGGCCAUGAAAGUGAUUAACACUAUGCCAGUGGAGCCAGAUAAGGCUGUCUGGGGUGCAGUACUAGGUGCUUGUAGGGUGCACAACAAUGUUGAGUUGGCACGAAUAGCAGCUGAAGCGCUAAUGCGCCUUGAACCAGAGAGUUCAGGCCCUUAUGUUUUGCUUUAUAACAUGUAUGCGGAUGCUGGAAGGUGGGAUGAUGCAAAUGAAAUUAGAAUGUUGAUGGAAACAAAUAAGAUAAGGAAGGAGCCCGCUCAUAGCAGGGUCGGCUCUACUUCCUCAUAGUGAUUUCCGAAAUUGUGAAUCUUGAUCACUCGAAGAAUUUGGAUUGAGUUGACUAUGUUGGGGUUUAAGUCAUUAGAAGGAAGACGUCAC